AUGUCGCCCUCGUUCAAAGACGUCGUCCCAUUGGUUGAACACUAUCAUGCGCUCAGCAAGCAAAGAGUGCUUGCGAUAAGCGAAGUACAAGAGUUGUCCAGCAAACUUGAGCACAUUUUCAGUUCCAUCCCACCACCAGCGCGUCGCAGCGUUCCCUGGGGAUAUACACCUGAUAGUUCCGAUUCGAAGGAAAACACCCUCGGCAACUCGGGUAUUAACCCCUUCCCCCCUGACGCCCUUCAUAAGCCGACAUCUGAACAGGAGAUAAUUGAUAUCGUCAAGAAAGCCUAUGAAGCGCGAUCCCAAGUACGAGUGAUCGGUGCUGCGCACUCGAGCCCAAGCAACAUCAUCUUGGAUGCUCCUCAGGGUGUCUUUCCCAAGAACGUGGUUCUCAUUUCGCUUACAAAGUAUCGUGGGGUAUCUAUCGACAAGGAUAAGAAACUCGCUAUUGUCAAGGCAGGCACCAACCUUGAUAAAGAUCCAGAAGAGUCCGACUCGACGACAGAGAACGGCCUUGCUUUCCAACUACAACAGGCUGGUUUUGCUUUGCCAGAACUCGGGGGUAUCACUCACCAAACUAUUGGCGGGUUUCUUUCCACAGGAUCUGCUGGCGGCUCACUCCUCUACAGCUUCCAUGAUGCUGUAUAUGGAUUUACCAUCAUCGACGGCACUGGAACUAAACAUGUUUUCUCGCGUGAUGAUCCCGAUCCCACCCUGUUCUACGCCACUGGGGUAUCUGUUGGACUUUGUGGUAUCAUCACAGAGGUGACGCUUUCGCUGACUCCAACUUUCAAUGUCGCGGGCACCCAGCAGACUUCCCCGGUUCAGCCGCUUAACGCCAAUUGGAAAGUGGGCUGUCCUGUGAACCUUUAUGGGCCAGCAGCCGACGGCGUCCCUGGCAUUGUGGAUUAUUUCAAAGACCCUGCGAACGAGUACAUGCGCAUGCUUUAUUGGCCCCAGCCAGAUCUCCCUCCGCGUGUGCAGAUUUGGACAGGGAAACGUGUUCCUCCAGGUGGCCCUAUUAAGAAAUAUGACGAACUCACCCUGCUUCAGCAGAUAGGCGCAAAGACAGGAUUGUGGUUGCUCUGGCAGCUGAAUUAUUUCCGCGAUAAGCCUGUUAUCGGCGCCAUUGAAAAGGAAAUUGCGGCAAAAAUUCUCAACAUCUUCCUUCCACUGGGCGAAUCCGUUACAUUUUCUGACAUAUGGUCGGCUAUCAUCCCUAUGGACAAUGCUAUCAAGGACACGCUUCUUCCAAGUUGUUUUGCGGAAUUCUGGAUCGACGUGGAUAAGGCUGCUGAUGCGACCAAGACACUUAGGGCCUUGAAUCAAAGUGAUUCGGGCACUAUCGGAAACUUUUUCACCGAGUUCUACAGCGCCAAGAAAAGUCCGUUCUGGCUUUCCCCGUCGUAUACAGGCGACAAGUUCCGACUCGAUGUCAACUUCUUCCAGUACGACACGGAACUGGGUAGCGUGACCAAGCGUUCAGAUCCGGCGAAGUUCUUCCGCCCGUACUUUGAAUACUUUGACAAGCACGGUCCUAAAUAUAGAUGCCAUCUUGGCAAGUACGUGGCGCCCAACUUUGGAAAUUUGGAACGUCUUCGCAGCUCGUACCCCAAGUAUGACGAGUGGAUGCAAAUUCGUGCGACGUUGGACCCACGCCAGGUCUUCGUCACGCCUUACUGGCGUGAACACUUCCUCAUCCCCCCUGCUUUUUGAACAUUCGCAGUUUUGGACUCGAAGUCUCGUUCGUUCUGUGUUUACUUAGUAUUUAGGACAAUGCCCAUGGGAAAGGGUUUGUGAUCUGUACUAGUAGUUAGUUCAAUGUAGAUUGAAGAGUGGAAUACGUCGAUUUCAAGUUG